UCUAUCUACGCACGCCAUAGCCAUAUAUAGCUUGCUCUUAGAAACAUAAAAAAGGAAGCUCUUUUUGGUCUUUGAGGCAGCACCACUCUAGUGACCUUCCCUUUCUUGCUUGCUUGCAAGUUACAGGCUCUCUGGAAAAAAGAUCAGCAUCUCUUCCAUUCCUGAUCCCUUCUUUUUUCUCAUCCCUCUCUGUGUGUGGGAGGCGAUGGACAUGGACAACGGCUGGCUUGGCUUCUCCUUGUCUUCUUCAGCUGGAAGAGGCUAUGGCGACGGCGGCGGUGGAGGGAGUGGAAUCGGUGAUGGGGAGGGCUCUUGCUCGUCGCCUGCCGCAGCUUCGCCUCUCGUGUCUCUGCCGUUGCAGUCUGAUGGCUCUGUGCAGUACAACGUUCCAGAUUGGAGGCACGCUGAGGCCAAGGGCCCCAAGCUGGAGGACUUCAUGAGCGUCACUUGCAGCAACAAAAGCAGCAGCAGCAUCUACGACAGCGGCCACGGCGAUCAGGCCAAGUACCACGAGGUCCACGACCUCCUACCCUUCUCGGCCUCGUACUUCCACGGCCACGGCAGCCACAACAUUGGUCUGGACAUCAACGUGAACGCUCCGCCCUGCAGCGGCUUCCCGGACCACCGCGUACUUGCGGCGCAAGACCAUCAUCACCAUCAGUUCCUGCCCCACCACGGCCAUUACUUCUUGAGCCCGCCGAACCCAAGCCCGCCUGGCGCAAUGCCGGUGAUGCCGAUGUACAACGCCACCGCCGCUGGAGUCGGUGGCUCGAUGUCCAUCUCCGGCAUCAAAUCCUGGCUCCGGGAGGCGAUGUACGUGCCGGAGAGCUCGUCGGUGCUGUCGCUCUCCAUGUCGGACGUGCCGACCGAGCCGGCGCUACCGGCGCCAAUGCCGGUCCCCCGCAAGCCCGCGCAGACGUUCGGGCAGAGGACGUCGCAGUUCCGGGGCGUGACCAGGCACAGAUGGACAGGGAGGUAUGAGGCUCACUUGUGGGACAACACUUGCAGGAAGGAAGGCCAGACUAGGAAAGGAAGGCAAGUUUACUUAGGUGGGUAUGACAAGGAGGAAAAGGCUGCAAGAGCUUACGAUUUGGCAGCGCUCAAGUACUGGGGUCCUACAACUCACAUAAAUUUCCCAUUAAGCACCUAUGAGAAGGAGCUGGAGGAGAUGAAGCACAUGUCAAGACAGGAGUUCAUUGCUCACUUGAGAAGGAACAGCAGUGGCUUCUCAAGGGGAGCCUCCAUGUACAGAGGAGUGACAAGGCAUCACCAGCACGGGAGAUGGCAGGCCAGGAUUGGGAGAGUGGCAGGGAACAAGGACUUGUAUCUUGGCACCUUCAGCACGCAGGAGGAGGCGGCGGAAGCGUACGACAUCGCGGCGAUCAAGUUCCGCGGCCUGAACGCCGUGACCAACUUCGACAUCAGCAAGUACGACGUGAAGCGCAUCUGCGCCAGCACGCACCUAAUCGGAGGCGACGUCGCGUGCAGGCGCUCCCCUACGCGCCCGCCUGACGCGCCGCUCGCCGGCGCCGCCGAGCUCUCCUACGGGCCGGGCGGCGACCAGGGCGCGUCCGAUAACUCGGACACCUCCGACAGCCACCGCGGCGCACCCCUGCCGCACGGCCUCCAGUACGCGCCCACCAUGAAGUUUGAGGCCGGGGAGGGCAGCAGCGGAAGCAACUGGAUGGCCGCGGCCGCGGCAGCGGCGCGUCCGGUCGGGGGCGUUCCGAAUGUGCAUCAGCUCCCGGUGUUCGCGCUGUGGAAUGACUGA